GGAUUUUAUUAGAAUUGAGAUAUGCCUUCAAUUGAAAAAUUACUAAAGGUAUUAGAUUUACUAAAACCGAAUAUUGAUAUAAAAAGAAAAAAAUUGGAAAAGUUUGAGAAAAUUAAAUACUUAGGAGCGUUAAAUGAUAUUCUUCAUAAUCAUAUCGAGAAAAGUAACAAUGGCAAUUAUUUAUCUAUUUUAAGUAAAAUCUGUGAAUCUUAUAUAUUUUAUUUUAAUGAUGCUGAAGCAGAUGUUAGGUUAAAAGCUGAAGAUUGUUUCACAAUUCUAUCUAAAUCUCACGUUGAUUAUAUUAGUCGUAUUCAAAUAGAAUUGUUCAAGGAAAUUAAACAUAAUGGACUAACUAAAUCUUUGAAGACAUGCCUCAUCAGAUUUGCAUAUCUAUUCAAAUUGGUUCGCAAACAAAAAUUCAGGGCUUAUAUAACACAUCUUUAUCCGGCAUUGAUUCUUAUAUCUCAAAGACCCGAAGAGAUUAUUCAGGAGGCAUUGAAAGAAUUUUUAAUUAUUGUGAUGCCUAUAACAGGAAAAUACGCUAAUAUGAUGGAAACAAAGGAAAUACUUAACAAUUUCUACGCAUCGUCAAAUUUAUCCAACGCCAAUAAAAGGAUUUUUGCUGAAAUUUUGUCCGUUAUUGUAAAACAUUCCAGAUAUCCGAAAAUUUUUUAUGUUGAUCUUCUGACUAAACUUUUAAUAUCCUUGCUGCCUGUGCAAGACCAACACAAUCAAGACACGAAUCUCAUAUUGGGGAAUCUGUUGUGCAUCAAAAACUUGCUCGAAAUUUAUCCUUUCAUUAUAUCCUACCCUUCUAAAUAUUCCAAAACAUUGAUAGUAAAAAAAAUCGGUACGCCCAGUGUUACACCGCAUAACGCUUCAGAGGAAUACGAAGAUUCAACUUUUAUUUUAUUAUUGAAAAUUACUUUUCAACUACUUCUGUAUCAUCUGGACAAUGAUGACACAAACAUCUGCAACACGGCGCUUGAAUCACUAACUCUUUUCUUAAGGCGCGUUAUGAGUUCGGAAUUGUUGAUGAGUUAUAAUUUAAUAGCUCUCACGCUUUGGGAAUACAUAACUAACCCUCAACAAAAUACAGAAUGCCUCGUAUUUCAAAUACCGGAUCAAUUGAAAAACAUUCCGGAUAGUUCUACCCUUAAAGUCACGGAUUCCAUACCUACACUAAAUUCACCUAGUGAGCAAUCUUUGGAAUCUAUGAACUUCGAAUCUGAAGACCUCUCAUGUUUACCUAGUAGUAUUUCGGAGGAUCUCGACAAAUUAUUUACGUAUGAACCAGAAGAAUUGGGACAAAAAGAUUUUGAUACACUGAGCGAAUCGAAAGAGGAGAGUAGUUUAGAUAGUUUUGGAGAAAACGUUAAUAACGACUUAAUGCAGGAGGAUGAUGUAUUAGACGAAACGUUAAUAGAUACUAACGACAAUAUCGCAGAUAUAGAUGAAUCGCAAAUUAAGAACGAAUAUAUCUAUGAUUUAAAUUUUGAUUACAACUUUCGCUGGCGAAGGACCUAUCAGGUUAACGAUUCAUCAGAAAUUCUUGAAUCACUCGUUCAACAUUUGUACUGUAAAAUUUUAGCCCAGUUCUUGUUAACUUACGCUCUAGGAAAAGGCGGUGGUAAUCAAAUCUUGCAAGCUCGUAUAAGAAAUAAUAGUAAAAAUCUUCCCGUUUUAAGGAUCAGCGUUCAAAGCAACGCUUUGGUUUUAUUGGGUGAGAUGAUUAAAUUUUUACGCCGUAGUGAUCUUUUUCCCACAAAGCUGCAGCAAAUUUUGAUGGUCGCGGGAAUGGAUGAUACUAAUCAGCCGAGAGAGUUAAUUCAUAGCUUGACUAUCAUGGAUUUAUUCAAAUGCCAUAAUUUUAGUGAUCUAAAUUUUAUUUCGCAGUUAACUCACCUGAUGGUUAAUAUGCUUGUUAUGAUGCAAACUCUACCAGAAUACAGUUACGAUGAUGUCGAAAAAAUAAAUGUUCAGGAUAGUCAAAUCAAGCAUUCUAUGGAAUUAUCGUUCAACCGAAUCUUAGAAUACUCAUCGGGAAUUGAAAAUAUGAAAUCAUCACCUUUGAUCCAAAGCUCUACCUUAGCACUUUGCAGACAGAUUUUGAUUUCUUCUAAAUUUUUUCUAGGGGGAAUUUACUAUCGAAAUCUUCUAAAUUUUUUAUCCUUUUUCAAGUCUUCAUCGAAUUACUGGCUAUCAAAAAUAAAUUAUCUUAAGCUGGUUUCAGAGAUUGAUUGGUUAGAACUCAAAUACAUGGAAUCCUAUUUUUCGUUUACGGAGAAUAUGUGUUUUGAAAAUGUAACGACUCGAAUAUUAAAAAUAGUUUUUAAUUUUUUACACGAAAACGAUACCAGAAUUCGAGCACUUACUUCUCAGAUUAUAACCAAGAUUAUCCCAAGCUUGUUUACGCCCCAUACUUUUGUUGCUGAUGACCUAGAUUUUGUAAUGUAUAUAAAGAUAUUUCGGGAUAAAUCGAAAAGGCCUAAAGCUCCUCAUUCUACGCCAAUAAUUCUUUCAUUACCGCAUCCGUUCUAUAUAUUACUCGAUCAAGGAAUUACUCACAAUUUACAAAUGGAAUCAACCAUGAAUUGUAUUAUUAACCGCAAUUUAUCCUACGUCAUUCAACGUUUGCUAUCUAUUAUCGCUAGAGCAACAGAUUUUCAUACCAAAUCUGGGUGUAUCGAAACAUUGCUAAAUUUAACCCUAGUUUAUCCUCCACUAAUAUACCCAUCCGGCUGGAAUAUUUUAUAUAAUAUUGACUCGGAAAUGGCUACAAGAAAUAUAAAAGAUAUUUCUUCGAUCCCAGCUAGCAGAUCUACAUUUUAUGACGAAUUUUCACAAGAGCAAAUGCCUAAAUCAUUUCAUUUGAGCUUUAGAAAUGAUCAUUCAAUACUCUCAUACUUUAAUUCAUUUUUCAACUACGAAAAUAUUGUUCAAAAUUUGACACUCCAUUCUCAUUUAAUCACCCUGACUUCACAAACCUUUAUAGCUUUCGUAUAUUACAACAGCACACAUCUUCAAUUUUCAUGCGAUAACCCCUAUUCAAAUCAUUGGCCUACCAUUAACGAUAAAUAUCUAAUAUCUACGAUUGACAGUUUUAUGGCUCAUUUACUAAGGACUCUUGCCAUAUGUUGCGACGUUAUAGAAGGUAUCGAAAAAAAGAAACUUAAUCUCAAGUUAUCGACUAUGACUCAGCAGCAUUCUAGUACAUCGGCUCCCUUGAUGCGCAAUAACGGAAAAUUCACAUUUCCAGCCUCCAACACAUCUAUGACAAAUAUUCAAAAUCCUCCACAGAGGAAUCAAAACAUUCUCGAAUCAACUGCCGAAAGACUCAAUGAUUCUAAGAAAAACUUACCUCUUACCCCGUCUUCUGGAAAGUUUUUCUCCCUUUCCAACAUGAUAAAUGACUUCCUGUCUCUUUCGGGUGACGACAAAGCCAACGAACAAAGGGCUUCUCACGAAAACAUUUCUACCACGUUUUCAGGUAAAGAAGACGAGGUAUGCGAUCAAAUUACUAAAAAUGUAACACUGGGAGAAAAGUUGGCGGCAAGUCUUAAACGUAAAAGUUCUAAGAUAUUGUUUCCUAGCAGUGGGGUAUCGAUUGAAUCCGUCGCAAAUCAAGAUGGAAUAGAAAUUAAGGAUCAUACACGUAUUAACCUUCCCAUGUUUAAAGAUACUACGGAAGGCCUAAAUAAUCGUAUAGUUGAUAACAUUGUCAUUAGUAAAAACGACUCAAAAAUUUUUGCCGAAAUUCCAACCGUUAAUCCAACAAAUAAUAAAACGGAUAAGCCACCCCCUGUUUUGGGAAAAGCAUUAAAUCCCUACGAGGAUCGCACUGUUGCUUUUGUCAAAUUUACGAAUUAUGAUCACCUACCACUUUAUUUCAAAAUAUACGAGACUGUUAAAAUGGCUUAUCAAAGUUAUUUGUCAAUCCUUAAAGAUGAAGAAAAUCAGAAAUUUUAUAUUUUAUUGACCAACAUUUUAAAAUCGCUAAUCAGCAUAAUCGAAGUUAUGUCAUUUUACGAAACCAGUAAAAUUAUUGACGAAUUACUGCAUUGCUUGUCUAUCACCUUCACAAUUGUCCCAUCAUUAACCAUAUCGGCGCUUACUCAAUUGCUUAAAUCUCUUUUUGGGACAAAUUUAAUAUAUUUCAAACACAAUCGAUUCUCGAAUGUAGCGAAAAACAUAUCAGGUCAUCCUAGUUUCGGGGGAAAAAAUGUCACUAACAACCUAGAAUCUUUAUUUUUGGAUGAUUUGCUUGACAAUAAUUCAGUUAUCAAUGAUGACGAAAGGACAAAUAUAUUAGGUUGGAAAUAUCGAUUUGAGAUGACUCCUAAUCAUGUAAAUGCUCAGAUUGCCUCAUCGGAAAAAAUCAAUAUUAGUUCUUAUAUACGAAAAUUCGAGGAUUUGGUCAUUCGGUCGCUCAAAUUGUAUACAAUAACGAGUAGUAUAGAAAUCCAGAACAAAGUAUUGGAAAUGUUGACACAAUUGAUAUUCUUGCGAGUCAAUUACCACCUUUUAGAUUCCGAUCAACUUUUUCUCAAUUUCUUAUUCAAGCAAAUUGAAUUUAUAGAACAAGGCUAUUAUGAGGAUUGCCCAAAAUUGAUUGACAAUUUAUUUCAAUUUUUUUCUUUGCUAACACGAGAGGUCAGUGAUUCCACCAUAUCACCCGCAAUAACACUCCCUAAAAUUAUUAAUCUAGCGGAAGUUAUCAUAGCAUCUGAUCAAUCUUUACAAUCUCUAGCCUCGGGAGCUUAUUUUGUUCUAAUACAAGAACUUUUUUUGAUGACUAAUACACCCGAAAAAAGAAAGGAAAGGGUUGACUUGGAUAUGUUAAGAGAUGUUAUCACGACACUUUUAUUGAAACAUAUGGAUUAUCCGGAGAUCAUGUCGCUAAUCGGGCUCGUGCUGACAUCACUAAGGAAGGAAUAUACCAAUUAUAUUACUUCAGAAAAUAAUAAAUACAUUCAAUUAUCACUACGAGCUUUAUUACAAAUGCAAGAAACUUUCUUUACGCCCAACUAUAGUAAUUCUGAAAAUUACGAUGGCUGCCAAUUAGUCGAUAAAUUGAUUGACCUUUUUCGCUCUUUACCUUCUUUUUAUAUCUUCCCUGAAUUUUGCAAAUUUUUAGGAAGAAUAUUGUUCGCCCCAGUUCCUAUCAUGACGGACGUUGUCUUAACCGAUUUCCGUGAUAAUCGGGAAAUUAAAUCAAGAAUAAUGACGCUUGAACAUUUAAUGACUCUCAAAAUAUGUGCGUUAUAUAUACUGGUCACAACUCUUCGACCGAUGGAUUUUGAAUUAAAGAAAAGCGAAUCUGCUAAAUCGUUUUUGAUAUCUUUUUGGACUGAAGAUUUUGAAGGAUCUCCAAAUGAAUAUAUUUUGUUUGUAGAGAAUAUGUUAGAUCUGAUUUAUUCUGCUACAAGCAUCUAUUUACAAAUCAUUAUCAGCUAUCAAUCAAUUCUAUAUUUUGAUAUAAAUCCAAUAAAAUCUUCUCGAAUAUUGAAUCUUUUAAAGAAACUACUUUUAGUUUUGACAUCCCUAACUAAAACAAAUAACUUCAAGAAAAUGAUGAUUUUGAUUUUACCUCUAAUACAAAAAUCCAUUGAUAGCGAUGAAAGAUUUAAUAAAUGCCAACGACUCAUAAAGGAAUCGAAAUUAUGUGUUCGAGAACCAUUUAUGUCGACAAAAUUAUAUUUCGUUUUGUUGAGUUUAGGGGUUAGACAUAUCAAUUACGAUAAAUAUACUCCUUUUAUUCCUAACUGUCUUGCAAUACUUAACUUGGAAUCUAACCUGGAUAUCAAUGAUUUAUGUAGCAACAAAACUAAAAAAGAUCACAAUAAUAUUUCAAUAUUGAACAAUUAUAUUUCACAACUGGGACAUUUAUUGAUAAAGAUUAAAUUAUUUUUAGAGAUAUCCAAUAAAUCGCAAUCAAGUUACGCCUUAAAUUUUGUACCAAAGGAUUUAAUCACUUUACAAAAUGAUUCGCCCAUAACAAAGGCUUUUUUUGACGAUCUUACGCAAAAAGAUUCCCUCUUCCUCUUAGCUCGUGGUUUGAUAGAUAAUAAUAUUCUGCAAAUCAUAUUAAAUUGGCGGGAUCCUAUUAUAUUCGAAUUUAUCAUAGUGUUCUCCAAAAAAUUCUGUUAUAUUCCUUAUACGAGUUUAGUCUAUCUAUUUAAUCGUAUAAAUUAUCACCUGCUCCCUUCGAUAAUCAAAGAGAUUCAAGAGUAUUAUACUAUAAAGAAUUUACCUACUCAUCAUCUGGUGUUGAAAAAAUGUCUUGAUUUUUUAACCUUUUCGGAACAACCUUGGUCUCCUCAGAUGAAACCUUAUAUGCUCCACAUCUUAUUUCGGCAUUUUAUUUUUAUUCCGGGCUCCGCUUAUGUUAGAUACUUGGCUCGAAAUAUGCUUUUUAGCGAAUGGAAAAAAUUUGUUGAUAAACACGGAAAUGAUAUUAACGAUGAGGAUAUUUUGUUUUCAAUGUCCUUAAAACAUCAUUUCUCAUCACAAAAUUUAAUACAGUUCUAUGAAGAAUGUGAAAAAACUGUCCCAUUUACAAAAUCAAGUUUUGAUUUAGAAAGCUUACGUAAAUUUAUCAUAACUCUAUAUCCGGAAGAAAGUCAAAAAUUUAAUAAAAAUGAUAACGAUAGCCGCCCUCUUGACAUUGAAUUAUAUGAUAAAGAAAGUAUGAUAACGAUGUUACGGGAUAUCGUAGAAAGUUUCCCAUCUGCUUCAUCGCCUUGGUUAGGUCAGGUAUUUUUGCUUGCACCUAUUGAAGAAUUAGCUUCAUUUUUAACCAUCUCCGAAAUUGCCUUGCCUCACAUAAAAAUUUUGUAUUGCUCCUUAAAGCAAUCUUUAUACAGAAAAAUAUCACGUGGUUCUAAGAACGAUUUUACUUUGGAAUCUAAUUUCUUCUUACUUUUGAACACAAAAUUUUAUUCUUGUUUCAACAACUACAUCAAGAAAUACAAUUUCGAUAAAGAAACGAUAGAUGUAAUUGGCGCUAAUGAUAUAAAAGCAUUUUCAUAUCUCGAAAAUAUAAGUGAAUGCCUAGAAAUUGCAACACUCCACCCUCUAUUGAUCAAUUACCUUGUGCUGGAAUAUGAACAAAUUAAGACAAUUGUUACGUUUAUUACAUACGAAUUAAAAAUAUUUACUUCCUAUUUGUCUGAUUCGAAAACACUCCGCUUAUACCAAAUAUCGAGAUAUCCUAAGUUGUGUAUCCUUAAAUGCAUGGCAAGCAUAUUAAAACUCAAUUGCCAGAAGUUUUAUGAGUCAAAUUUAGUAGAGUUGAUCAUAUGUUACAUUUAUCAAAUGAUAACCUAUCCAGCAGUGUCCAAAUCUACACCUGAUUUAAAAGGUUUAAUUGAUUGCUUACUAAGCUGGUUUGAUAAUUAUAACGAGAACGGGAGAAACGCUAUUCUAUUCCAUGAGGCUCAUAUUUAUCGGACAUUAUAUUACCUUUUUAGAUUGCCAUCCCUUAAUAAAUAUGCAAUUCUGAAGCAACCAGUGAUCAAUGAGCUACCUAUUGAGCCAAAGGAUUCUAAAGAAGUCCAAGAUUUUAAUUCCAUAAUAUCCUUCAAUUCCUUGUUACCCGAGAAAUACUACGAAUAUUAUGAUGUGUUCAAUAUAUUUUGCAGUCGAGUGAUUAACCUUGGUUGGGCCGAUACUCAUGUUUUCCAAGAGAUAUGCGUGAUUUUAUCUGGGGCCUUAAAUCUCAUAAUUUCUCAUUCGGAUACGAAUGUAAACGGUGACGAAGAAGACCUCGAAAAAUUACACAUAUCUUGCGUAGCCUGUCAAACUAUGACUCUUUUAGUGUGCUACACUAUUCUGACCCCAUUCCCUGGUAACCCUUUAGACAGCCAGUUUCCGGACCCUGAAGUUUGCGGAUUCUUCAAAUACAUAGACGUUAAUAUUAAAUAUGGGAAACACUUGGGGCGUUUGCAUAAAUAUUUUUCCUUGUCGUCUAGUCCGAAGCAUUGGUCAGCUGAAAGUCCUAUCUGGCCCUACAGACAUCUAUUGUAUCCUACACACAACCUUGGACAGAUAUCACCGCAGUACGCCUGGCUAGUAAUGGGGCUUAAACGCGUGCCUAAAUCUCAACUGAGUUCUAAUUCUUCGGAAAUGGCCAUUAUGGAAAAUUCAUCUAAAAAUGAUACUAUAUUAAUAUCAACCAUUACCCCAGCUAAUAAUAACCCACCCCCUCCAUUAUAUUACUCUAGUCGCUGUGAUAUGAAAUCUUGUUUGAGACUUAUAACCGAUAUAUACCAGGGAGCUAUGUGUUUUAUACGCGAUACUUUAGCCACUAAACAUUUUGACGAACUCGAAAGCAAAGAUAACGAAUCCUUUAACUUUUACGGCGAUUUUCCUGUCGAAGGGUUCAGAGUUAAGCUCGAUCACUCGAAUGUCAAUAAAAAAGCGUUCGAUGGCUUAAAAUGGUUACCGCGUCGAAAAUUAUUGCUCGAGUUAAUCAAAUCGAUUAUCUACAUAUCCGACACAUUUUGUAGUAUGGAACAGUUUGAUUGGAUGCAAAAGCUGUUUUGUCAAUUGUAUGAUUCGUUUGAGUACGAAGGAGAACAGGCUGAAAAUUAUCAAGAUGAAAUUUUGAUGCCCUAUUUAGCGAUGGGACUGUGCAAAUCUUCAUCUUCUAUGGGAAUGUCCGCUCUUUUGGCCGAAUCACUCAGUAAAGUUGUCGAAGGUGUUCUCAAAAACACUCAGGUGUUAUCUAAAAUAAUUGGAUUUAAGACAUGCUUAUAUCUGUUGGAAGCCAAUCCUUAUGCUAACGAACGCUUGAUUAGUUUCGUGUCCAAUCACAGUUUUUCGCUUCUCGAUUACCUAAACCCUAGCGCUCUUGUUUCUUCAUCUUACAUCGACGUAUUGGCCCGAACUCUAUUCUAUCUAGCUGAAACUUUUCAAAACGUACCAUUGCAAGAUUAUAAAUCCAGUACCCUAACGGAUACAAAUGACGACCCAAUAUGCGAUGUUUUUGUCAUAAAAUUGUUAGGGCUUCUAGUGAAAAAUAAUUUUUUUAUUUCUACCGAAAAUUAUGCAUCCGCCAUUAUUAGACACGACGAAAAUACGAAAAAUAAUAGACAUUUCCUUAAAUUCGACAUCGAAAAAACAAAUGCGAUAUCCACUAAAUAUCCUAGAUAUUGGAAGUUGAUAUAUGACGAACUACGCUUUAAUUGUCAAAAAAUUAAUAUCGAGAUCAUUAAUCAUAUAGAGAGAUUAAUCCUAUUAAGGGUAAUUCCUAUUGGAACAACCUUCGACUUUCUAACUUCCUGUGCCUUAACUGGCUUUAUCACCAUCACAAACUCUUCUCGCUCCUUUUCUUAUCUUCUUUUAGAAACCGGUGGAGCCUAUUCAUUUGCCAUACUUCGGCUUCUAACCACUUGCCUCUACGUUAAUCAGACUUUUCGCUUGAUCUUAACACCAUUGACUUCCCCUUUACCAACAACAUCCAACUCUUCUUCGCACCACACCCACUCCUCAACUAGCAGUGUAUUGCAAUGUUGUGAAAUACUGACUAGGGAUUUACCUUCAAUUUCCUCAGUCCAUGCCCUUAAUCAGUACAUAGUUAAAGCUGGGUCGUGCCUUGUUCCGGAUCUACCCAUCCAGUUUACCUUUCCCUUCGACGUGGUUGACAGGCUUCUCAAUCUUUUUUUAGCAUUUCCCACAUUCGACAACCUUAGUACAAGACCGCCUGCCGUUGACAUAAUUUCCUUACUACUCUCCCAAACAUUUACUGCGCUUUCUCCUAUUAUAUUGCUAAAAGAUAUAAAUGAAUCGAAGGAAAUGGAUGACGGGAAGGGCAAAGGAUCUUAUCGGCCCCAGAGAGAAUGGUUGCUGCUUGGAGCCGAAAAAAUUAUGGCUACUUUGUCAAGAAACGAUUAUAGCAAGGAAACAAUGGGAGAUCGAGAGAGCCGUUGGAGUCAUUCCUUGUGGAAGCUCACCGAGUUAUUGGCUUGUGACUUAAAUCAUGAUGAACUUGAUAUUUUAUUACCUUACAUCUCGUUUCGAACCUGCUCAAGAAUAACCUCCCAAAUUUUACCAGAUUCAAAAUUGUUCUUAUCUAUACAUUAUAAAUUUUAUCAAUCUCUCAAUUCUUCCGAACAUAGACGACAAUUUCGAAAUAUAAUAUCAUCUCCAACAAAUAAAGUGACAGAAGAAGCAAAUUUUAACAAUGGAAAUUUUUUUAAAGUUCUUCAUAAUGUAUUGACUAAAAAUCUUGACCCUUUAAGGGAUAUUUAGGAUUAUUACGUACGGUUUUGUAAAUGUUGUUUAAUAAAUAUAUAUUUAUAAGUUAUUAAUAACA